AUGCAGUUCAAACAGCUUGCCUUUGUUAUGCCCCUGCUUGCGAUUGCUAGCGCCUCUCCGGUUGCGGAGCCAAAGCCUGAGGCUGCGGAUGUUGCUGCUCGGGCUCAGCUCGAGAAGGACUCGGACGACAUCUGGCUGUGGAAGAAGCGUGAAGCUGCCCAGCUUGAGAAGGAUUCUGAUGACGUGUGGCUGUGGAAGCGAGCCGACGAUUCUGACGAUGUUUGGCUAUGGAGACGGGGACAGGAAGCGACUAUCAAGCGCGCCAAGCUCGCAAAGGAUUCCGACGACAUCUGGCUGUGGAAGAAGCGCGAGGCCGCAAAGCUGGAGAAGGACUCGGACGACAUCUGGCUGUGGAAGAAGCGCGAAGCCAGCGAGAAGAACAAGAAGAGCAAACUCGUAAAGGACGCUGACGACAUCUGGCUGUGCACAACGACACCCGCACCCGCACCCGCACCCGCACCUGCACCGCCAGCAGCACCUGCCUCGCCGCUGCCCGGCUCGUCCCUGCGCGCCGCUCCCAUGGCGCCCCCGCCGCUGGCCGCGCUCAGCAUGCCGCCCAAUUUCCUCGUCGAGCUCGGCCGCCUCGACCCCGACGUGCCCUUCCGCGCGUCGCAGGCGCACAUCCACCACACCUGGGCGCGCACCUUCCACGCGCGCCCGGAGCUGUACCUGCGCCCCCAGAGCGUCGCCGAGGUGCAGAAGAUCGUGACGCUCGCCCGCCGCAUGCGCCGCCGCGUCGUGACGGUCGGCUGCGGCCACUCGCCCUCGGACCUGACGUGCACCUCGGCCUGGAUGGUCAACCUCGACGACCUGGCCAGCGUCCUGGACGUGGACCAGGAGCGCAAGACCAUCACGGUGCAGGCCGGCAUCCGCAUGCAUGCCCUGAACCUGGCUGCGCGCGAGCAUGGCCUGACGAUGCCCUCGCUGGGCUCCAUCGACGUGCAGUCGCUGGCCGGCGCCGUCGGCACCGCCACCCACGGCAGCUCCAUGAAGCACGGCCUGCUGUCCGACUACGUCCGCAGCCUGCGCAUCGUGCUCUCCAACGGCCAGGCCGUCAAGUGCUCGGCCUCGCAGUCGCCCGACCUGUUCCGCGCCGCCCUCGUCUCCCUCGGCGCUCUGGGCAUCAUCGUCGAGAUGGAGUACGAGCUGUCCGACCACAGCGACAUUGAGUGGGCCCAGACCAUUCUGCCCAUCGACCACGUCCUCUCGCUCUGGGACAAGGAUCUGUGGACCUCGCACGAGUUCGUGCGUGUCUGGUGGCUUCCCUACAUGAAGCGUGCUAUCGUGUGGAAGGCGAACAAGACGGACAAGCCCCACCUGAAGCCCGCCUACAACUGGUACGGCGGCAGCGUCGGCUUCCAUACAUACCACAUUCUCCUCUGGAUCUCCCAAUAUGUGCCCCGCUUCUUGCCCUGGGUCGAGUGGUUCGUCUUCGGCAUGCAGUACGGCUUCAAGGAUGGCGCCACCAUCCGCGCCGUCGAAGAACAGCGCACUGGCCUGCUCAUGAACUGUCUAUACUCGCAAUUCGUCAACGAAUGGAGCAUCCCGCUCUCAAAGGGCCCCGAAGCCCUGACCCGCUUGACCAAAUGGCUCCACGGCGACGAGCACGGCUCCGCUAUCCCCUUCAGUCCCGAAGGCCUUUAUGUUCAUUCUCCCAUCGAAGUUCGCGUAGCCAACACCGUUGGCCGACAUCCUCGCCCUUUCCUCGAUACAUCUUGUCCCGACGAGCCAUCCCUAUAUCUCAAUGCUACGCUCUACCGUCCCUACAACCAAGACCCGCCUUGUCGCGAGCGCUAUUAUCAAGCCUUCGAGCAUCUCAUGAAGGAAUACGAUGGCCGCCCACACUGGGCAAAGAACUUCCAAUCCGUGGAUCACAAUUACUUGUCAAAGGCCUACGGCGACGAUCUGGGCGACUAUCUCCGCGUCCGCAACGAAGUCGACCCCGACGGCAUGUUCCUUGGCGCCUGGCACCGCCGCACCAUCUUACCACCCAAGGCCGAACUCGCCACAUUCCCGCUUGAAGAGAGGGAGGUUGUGAGGCGGCAACGCCAUACAGGUGGCGUUGACUGGGUUGGCGAGCAGGCACGCUGGUACGAUGGCGGCGUAGACGUGUUUGAGAAGAAUGGUAGUGAAAGCGGCGAGAGCUUCGAUUUGAUGGCCGGAGCCGAGGCUGAAGCCAGCGUGUUGUUAGAGAGUCUGCGCGAUGAUGAUGAAGACCUAGAGGUGGAGAUGAGACGGAGGGAAGACACAGAAGACACCCUCACCGGAACCAGUGUUUUCAACAAGAUGUGAUGCAUUUGGGAGUGAAUGAAACCAACUUUAAAUGUACAUAUUCCAUUCGACUCAUCAGGAGCAAUCUCUAUGACGAUGCGCCGAGCUAGACGAGCACCUUCUUGGCGCCUUCACCAACACCUCUGGUAGGAUUUCGAUCACGAUGAUAUCGCAUAACAAAUCAACUCACUUUCAUUGGUCAUCGGACCUUUUACCACGGCAAAGCUACCGUGAGAGUUUAGAAACAUCCACAGCGAAUCCUGCUGCGAUUUCAAACUAGUGCACUUUGUUGGCUAUGCAA